AGUGUGCUCUGAACCACGGGUUGGUUGGGCUGGCAGCGCGGCAGCAGAGGAGCCGAGGAGAGUGCGCGCGCGGUGGCCAUGGCGUCGCUGUCCCUCACCGGCGUGGCAGCAACCACGGCGAGGCCAAGCAGCGGCGGCGGGAGAGGGCGCCGUCUGAGGGUCGCCUCCAUGGCCACCCAGAAGGGCCCGAAGCCGACGCCCAAGACCGUCUCCGGCACGAGAAGAUCGGGCACGACGGUGUUCCCUCUGGGCGAGCCCGGGCCGCGACCGGCGACGGCGAGCGGGAAGGCGCCGGUGAAGCUGCUGACGAACGUGGAGAAGCUGCGGCUGCUGACCAAGGCGGAGCGCGCGGGGCUGCUGUCGGCGGCGGAGCGCGCGGGGUUGUCGCUGUCGGCGGUGGAGCGGCUGGGCCUGCUGUCCAAGGCGGAGGAGCUGGGCGCGCUGUCGGCGGCCACGGACCCCGGCACGCCCGGCGCGCUGCUGGUGCUCGCGGCGCCGCUGCUCGCCGCGGGCCCCGCGGUGGUGUACCUCGUCCCCGAGGAGCAGGCGUGGCAGGUGGCGCUGCAGGCCGUCGCCGCGCUCGUCUGCGUCGUCGGCGGCGCCGCCGCCGUGGCCGCGUCCACGUUCGUGUCCAGGCUGCAGAGCUCGUCCGGCUGAACGCAUCUGCGCUCGAAUCCGGCGUGCAAAGCUGAGCAGGGCAUGGGCAUUGCUCUGUGCACUGUGCUAGGCUGCUAGCUAGUAGUAGCAGCAGCAGCAGUAGCUUAACCUUGUGUGGAUUAUGUGCUUGCGUGAAGAUAAAUGGGAUCAAUUACCAAGUUGCGGAGCGAGCUCUUUGGUGGCCUCAAUUAGCAAGAUGAGCUCGCUUAACCUAGCAAGCGAUUUUGCUUGCCUGCUUCUGCAAAGAAAAGCUGGAAAUCUUUAAGUUUCAAGGCA